AUGUUGGAUUCUCGUAAUCCACUUGUGAAGUCAUUUAGAAUGGUACGAGAUUGUUUUAAAGAAAAUGAGUGGCAAGAUGUAAGACUCAAGCUCAUUGGAACAAGGGAUAAGGAUGGUAGAACUUUUAACUUGCCUACAUCUGAAGAAAUUGCUGCAUUAAUAAUUGGUGAUUUUGAUGGAGCCUUUGAUAAAAGAGAUAUCAUAGUCCAAACAAGAUCAGGCGGUCUUCAGAGAAUUAGUGAGCUUCAUCCCUCUUAUCUUGCAUUGCAAUAUCCACUUAUUUUCCCAUAUGCAGAAGAUGGAUUUAGACUUGGUAUUAAACAUCGAGGUAUUUCAGUUGAUUCUGAUAUAGUUAGAACCAGCACGACAAUGAGAGAAUUUUUUAGUUACAGACUACAAGACAGACCCAACCACUUUUCAUUGUUACUCAAUGCUCAAAAGCUAUUCCAACAGUUUGUGGUUGAUGCUUAUACAAUGAUAGAAUCUGCACGGUUAGCUUACAUAAAGACACAACAACCCAAACUUAGAAGUCAAACCUUUAAGAAUUUAAAUCAAAGUGGAGAAAGCGAUGCGUCAAACUGUGGAAAACGAAUUUUGUUGCCUUCAUCAUUUACCGACGGAUCGAGAUAUAUGAUGCAAAAGUACCUAGAUGCUAUGGCAAUCUGCAAAGCUGUAGGAUAUCCGGAUCUCUUCAUAACAGUCACCUGUAAUCCCAACUGGCCUGAGAUUUAUAGAUGUUUAAAAGACAAACGGCUGAAUCCUCAAGACAGACCGGAUAUUAUCUCACGUGUAUUCAAAAUUAAAAUCAAUCACCUAAUUCAAGAUUUCAAGAAACAUAAAUUCUUUGGUGAGAUACAAGCAAUUAUUUAUACAAUCGAAUUUCAGAAACGUGGCCUACCUCAUGCUCAUAUAUGUUUGUUCUUAAGUGCCAAGAACAAGUUUCCAACUGCUAAAGAAAUUGAUUUGGCUAUUAGUGCUGAAAUACCUGACAAAGAGACGGAUUCUGAACUGUAUGAACUUGUCAAACAGUUUAUGAUGCACGGUCCGUGUGGUACAGACAACCCUCAUUGUCCAUGCAUGGUUAAUUUAAAAUGUUCAAAGAAGUUUCCGAAAAAGUAUGUAGAUGAGACUUGUGUUGAUUCUGAAGGAUAUCCUAUCUACCGUCGUCGUCAAACAUGUAACACUGUAGAAAAAAAUGGCGUGUUGCUUGACAAUAGGUUUGUAGUUCCAUACAAUGCUAUGUUACUAAAAAAGUAUCAGUGUCACAUAAAUGUUGAGUGGUGUAACCAAACAGGAUCCAUCAAAUAUUUGUUCAAAUACAUUAAUAAGGGUCCAGAUAGAGUGACAACUUCUGUUUACCAAAGUACGACAACUGCUGGCAAGAACAAGGAAAAUGAGGAAAUGACCAAUAAUCAAAAUCCGUCAAACAAAACAGAAGUAGAUGAAGUUAAAGCAUAUCUUGAUUGUAGAUAUGUUUCAGCAUGUGAAGCUGCUUGGAGAAUCUUCAAGUUUGACAUACACUAUCGACUUCCAUCUGUUGAAAUAUUGCCUUUUCAUUGCGAAGAUGGUCAGGCUAUUGUUUAUGACGAUAAUUCAAACUUGUGUGACGUGGUUAGUAACCCAACUGUGAAAAUGUCUAUGUUUACAGAAUGGAUGAAAUGUAACCAAAUGGAUGCAUUCGCUAGAACAUUGAAGUAUAUAGAGUUUCCAAGACACUUUGUAUGGAUACGUAAAGAACGAAAGUGGAUUCGUAGAAAAAGACCUUUUGGUGCCGUUGGUAGGAUACAUUAUGUACCUCCAUCACGUGGUGAUUGUUAUUUCUUGAGAAUUUUAUUGAAUCACGUUAUAGGACCAAUGAGUUUCGAUGAUAUAAAAACAGUUGAUGGAAAAAUUUAUCCUACCUUUAAAGAUGCGUGCCUCACUCGCGGUCUGUUGGAUGAUGAUAAUGAGUAUAUAAUUGCCAUGGAGGAAGCAAGCACAUGGUCCACUUCUGAUUUCUUGCGUACAUUUUUUGUAAUGCUGUUGAUGUCAAAUUCCAUUUCUAGGCCUGGUCAUUUCUGGAGACAAACAAAAUCUCUGUUGUGUGAAGAUAUAUUAUACCAGCAACGGAAGGUUACUGGUAUUUCUGAUUUGGUUCUUCCAGAGGAAGAGAUUGAAAACAUUUGCCUAUCACAUAUUGAAAAAUUGUUACUUGCUUAUGGAAGUACGUUAAGCUGCUUUUCAGACAUGCCGAAUGUUCCUGGGAACUACAUUUCAGCAUUGAACAAUCAAAUGAUAAUGAAAGAACUUUCCUAUGAUCGGAGUAGCUUAAAAAAGGAACUUGCAUCUUUCUUAAAAUCUUUAACUGAUGAACAGCACAAAGUGUAUCAAACUGUCAUGAAUGCAGUUGCUAAAGGAAAUGGAGGUGUUUUUUUUCUAUAUGGUUACGGUGGAACUGGGAAAACAUUUCUAUGGAAAACAUUUGCAGCUGCGUUACGCUCCAAGGGUGAAAUUGUUUUGAAUGUUGCAUCCAGUGGUAUUGCAUCACUCCUAUUAGAUGGCGGUAGAAUAGCUCAUUCCAGAUUUGUUAUUCCGAUAAACGUUAACGAGGAUUCUAUAUGUUCUAUAGAACCGAACAGUGAGCUAGGAGGCUUAAUAAAAGAAACUAAGAUGAUAAUUUGGGAUGAAGCGCCAAUGACACAUAAGCAUUGUUUUGAAGCUUUGGAUAGAACAAUGAGAGAUAUAGUCCGUUCCAAUAAUUCGUCCUUGCAGUCCAAGCCUUUUGGCGGAAAGAUAGUCCUUUUUGGCGGUGAUUUUAGACAAAUCCUUCCGGUCAUUCCAAAAGGUACUAGAAGCAUGAUUGAGAUCAAGGAAUUUGCUGAAUGGAUUUUACGCCUUGGUGAUGGUCUACUUGGUGAUCCAAAUGAUGGAGAGGUGGAGAUUGAAAUUCCAGAUGAUCUACUUAUAUUAGAUGAAGUCAAUCCUAUAUCUUCAUUGAUCUCAUUCACAUAUCCGGAUAUGCAAAACUUUAUGUGGGAUUCAAAUUACUUUCAACAAAGAGCCAUUCUUGCUCCCACAAAUGAUGUUGUUGAUUUAAUAAACACAGAACUGUUAAAUAGUAUCGUUGGUCAAGAGAAGAUAUAUCUAAGUUCGGAUUCUUUAUGUGAUACUGAACAACAUUCUGACCUUGACAUGGCAUUGUUUCCUCCGGAUGUGCUAAACAAAAUUCAUUUGUCAGGAUUACCUAACCAUAAAUUGGUUCUUAAGGUUGGAGCUCCGGUAAUGUUACUUAGAAACAUUGAUCAAACAAAUGGUUUGUGUAACGGUACACGGCUUCAAGUAACAAAACUUAGAAAACUUGUAAUUGAAGCAAAGAUUAUUACCGGAACUAAUAUAGGUCACCAUACUUUGAUUUCAAGAUUGAAAAUGACACCAAGUGAUAAAAGAUUACCAGUGAAAAUUGCUCGAAGACAGUUCCCACUAUCCCUGUGCUUUGCAAUGACCAUCAACAAAAGCCAGGGACAAUCACUUGAAUGUGUAGGACUAUAUCUUCCACGUCCAGUUUUUAGUCACGGGCAACUAUACGUAGCUGUAUCUCGAGUAAAGAGCAGGAGUGGUUUGAAGAUUUUGAUAUGUGACAGCGAAAAACAAGUAUCUAAAACCACAACUAAUGUGGUCUACAAAGAAGUUCUACAAAAUCUGUAG